UUAGACUUAGAUACAUUGGCACAGCAGACAGUAUCACACAUGCUCAAAUUAGAUACGCUUGCUGUGAAGACUGUAUCACACGUGGCCAGGGAUUGGCUCGGCGGACAUUGUCACACCUGACAGACUUAGAUACACGGACUCAGCAGUAACAAAGGAUUAUGAAGUUGUAUAGUAACUUGUGGUGUCGGGGGCCCCGGCAUGUGCAGAGUAAGCAAGGAGGCCGCUCCUGCCCAUCCGGCCCCUGAUCCCUCUCUUGUGUCCAUAGAUUAUCCUGCAGCUGAUGAGAAGCUUGGGGAUGAAUGACACAGUGGGGAUGGAAUUUGUCAGGUUGUCUUACACCAUAGUCACCAGCAGGGGCUCCCUCCUCCGCCCGCUGCCUCCUAUUGCUCGUCUUGUGAAAGUAAAUCCCAGCUAAUAAUAUUCCUAGUGUGGAGGUGGAGCAGAGCCCAGGCAGCAGAUACGUCUCCCCGCUGCUUGGAGAACCUGCUACUACUCCGCUCCCGGGGACACGAUGGCUCACACACCUUCCCCGGCCAGGUAGGAUGGGUCCACCUCUAUGGGGGUGACAGGUGCACCCUUCUAGCAGGCAUGGGCAGCAGCGCUCUGUAAGCUAGGCUUGCAGGAACAGCCGCCUCGAGUCCUGUUUUCCUUCUUCCUGGUCAACCUGUGCCCAUCCCCGCAGGUAGAGAAGAGAGUCCGCAGGUGAAGAAGACAUGGAGGAGCAAGACAAGGCCACCAAAGACAAGAGCCCCGGCCCCAGGAAGCUCUUCCGGAGCAAAUCCCUUAAGUCCAUGGGGAAUUUCAUGCAGAGGUUCCUGAAAACUUUGACCAAUUUGUCCCACCUGAUGGAUGUGGAGAGGAACAACCUGUACCGGGAGGAUGACGAUGGGGGCUUCAAGCGGGACAAACCCAAAGGAGAAGGCAAAGGGUCCACGUACGAGGAUUAUAGAGUGGUCCAAGGUGGGGACAGCAACAACAACCUGGGCAAAGCUCUUGGGACGGCCACUGGUCAGGAGAGGUCUUCCUCCAGCUCGGAUGAGAAGGUUCCUGGGGUCCAGGGACUGAAGAACCACGGGAACACCUGCUUCAUGAACGCCGUGGUCCAGUGCCUGAGUAACACCGACCUCUUGGCCGAGUACCUGGGAACGGAGCAGUUCAGGGCGGAAUUCGACAGGACUAAAGGGAGCGAGGGGCUUCAGAAGGCGUCCGCAGAGGAGACCACUCCGACCGUACGGGGGGAGGUCACUGAGAGGCUGGCCACCUUGGUCAGGGGUCUGUGGACCUUAGAGUACACCCCUCAACUUUCCGUGGAGUUUAAGAAUGUCGUGGCGAAGUACGGCUCCCAGUUUCGGGGGAAUUCUCAACACGAUGCCUUGGAGUUCCUUCUGUGGCUGCUGGACCGGGUCAAUGAAGAUCUCAAUCCACCGUCUCAGAAAUCCAAAAACUCGUCUCAGGGUUCUGACCACGGAUCGGUGAGCUCUGUUCCCUCCUCACCUACGGAUAAUGGACAGAGUUUCGUACUAGAGCAUUUUCAAGCACAGUACAGAUCUUCCCUCACCUGCCCGCACUGCCACAAGCAGAGUGACACGUUCGACCCCUUCCUCUGCGUCUCUUUGCCCAUCCCUCUCCGACAGACAAGAGCCCUGAAUGUCACUUUAGUUUUCCAAACCAAGCAGCAGCGGUUCCUGCGCGUAGGUCUGGCCGUGCGGCUCUUUGGCACCAUUGCAUCACUACGUCAGAUGGUGGCCGAACUGGGCAAUAUUCCUUCAGAUCAGGUGAUCCUGGUGGAAAUACUUUCCAGCGGCUUCCAGAGAUCGUUCCCUGAUGAUGAAGAUCUGAACGCCAUCGCUGAAGGAGACCCGGUGUACGCCAUUCAGGCCCCGAUGACCUUAAGCAAACUAUCGGCUUCUAGUAGGAGCUCAGGGUAUCCCCACAGCCUUCCUUCCUCCCCUCACUGCUUCGAUCAAGACGCGCCAAAGUUACCCGGAGGAGGUUCCGUCUCGUCCGAAUACCUGGCGUCGAGUUCUAAAAUUCUUCUGCUCCUGUGCAAUUUGGAAAGUGGGAGUCAGCAGGCACUAAGGUUUGGACCUCCGCUGAUAUUACGGGAGGACAGGGCAGUAUCCUGGGAUCAGCUACAGCAAAGCAUCUUGGGAAAGACCCGCUAUUUGAUGAGGAGCGAUGCCCACCCUCCUAGCGGAGGUGUCAUUUUCAAUAUUCACGUGGUGGGGGCACCAGUGAGCAGCUGUUAUUUGUCAUCCAAGGAUGCCCGACCUCUUCAGCACCCAUCUGUGAGCAGGGCUCUGCAGCUCUGCGGCUCCGGAGGACCACCUCAUGUGAAGCUGGGUAUAGAAUGGGAUCCUAAAGUCAAAGAGCGAUUAUUUGGGAAUAUACAGGAAGAAGUGGUUCAGGAUGAUGAGUCUGUACGGAGGCAACAACUGGACCAUCAGCAGCAGACCUGCACCCUGGACGAGUGCUUCCAGCUGUACACUAAGGAAGAACAGUUGGCACCUGAUGAUGCCUGGAAGUGCCCCCACUGUAAGGUGCUGCAGCAAUGUACAGUCAAACUGAGCCUAUGGACCCUCCCGGAUAUUCUCAUCAUACAUCUCAAGAGGUUCCGUCAGGUUGGAGGACGCAGGAACAAGUUGUCUACUCUUGUCAAGUUCCCCUUGACAGGGAUGGAUAUGGCGCCGCAUGUGGUUAAGAGGGGCCAGGAGAGAAAACGCUCCUUGGGGCAGUGGUCAUCUUGGAAGCAGCCUCCAUACCAGCUGGAGAACGGGCACCUGGAUGUACAGUAUGAUUUGUAUGCGGUGUGCAACCACCAUGGAAGCUUACAGGGAGGUCACUACACAGCCUACUGCAGGAACUCUGUGGAUGCCCGCUGGUAUAGCUACGAUGACAGUAAUGUAGAACACGUUCUUGAGGAGGAUGUCUGCACCCGAGGGGCCUAUCUCCUGUUCUACCAAAAGAGAAAUGCCAUUCCAGCUUGGUCUGCCAGCAGCUCAGUUAAAGGUUCCACAAGCUCAGCCUUGACUGAUCAUUGGGUCCUAAGGCUGGAUGGAAGCAAAAGAGAAAGCUUAGUGUCCCGGGCGACCAAUAACUUCACCCCAUUGCCAAAAAUACCAGACUCCCCAAUUUUUCUGGAGAAGGAAAAGAACAUGGAGAAAGGGUCAAAGUCUUUUGUCCGAGGAGCAAAAGGUCGCAGUGCAAGUAUGAGAUUGCCUUCAGCUUCUAAACUGAAGCUGAGCAUUAGUAAAGCAAUGCCUCUUAGGUGGUCAUUUGGAUCCAAGGACAGAAAGAAGCCUGAGACUGGUGAGCUAGUGGAAUACUUGGAAUCGGGAAGGCGUCCAAAGUACACCAAUGAUCCCAUUGUGCCCAUUAAGACUAAUGUAGAAAAGACGACCAAUGGAACUCCCCCAAACUUAAGCCAUUCAAAUAGUCAUGGUGCCACCUCUACCAGCUCUACAAGUGGACAGACUAGAGCAUUGUCUUCGUCUUCAAAGUUGGACACUUUAAGGGGUAAGCCAAAGGAGAAACAGACGCACCAGGGAGAUUGGUCUACCCAGUCUCAAAGCACUGAUGGGGCAUCAAGUGCUCAUGGCCCAGUGGGUAUGAAUGGUCCAGCCCCAAAUAAUGCUGUAAAAGUGAAACCUUCUUCAGUUCAAAAGGUAGACCUUAACCAAAGACCCCAUACAAAAAUUGGUGAUAACAGAGCAGACAAGGUGAAACCCUCUGAAGGAGAGCCAGAUGGGAAAUCGACCAAGUUGAGGACAAGUUUAUUGAAGAAAGAGCCAAGGAGACAAACUAGUUCUGAGACUCCUACCCCACCUGAGCUCCAUAACGGCAUCCCACGGACUUCUUUAUCCAAUGGGGUUGUAGUGACUGAUGGGAGGACUAGCGGUACCAUGCCACGGAACCAGAAAGAUGAUCUCUCCAACAAAUCUAAGAUGGACGUUAGACGAGCACAUAGUUCAAGUAAUGUCCAGACAAAAGCAGAAUGGACAAUGAAGAGGUCCGCUUCCCUGUACAGAAAUGGAAGUGCACCCCAUCAACCUGCUGGACAGAUGGCCGUACAGAAGGCUUCUCUGAGUACUGUGCAAAGUUUAAAAUACCAAACUUCCUCCCUUGGCAGGAAGAAAACUGUACCGGAGUCUAGCUUCUAAGGACUUCUCAUGUGUCUCAUGGAUCAGGUCAAAAUAUUAGUGUGCAUAUGGCCAGCUGAAAAACGUAAUACCAUAUUGUAUGGGACUGUUUACCAACAAAAUUCACUACAGACUUAUUUUUAAAGUGCCAUAAGUGGAUCUUCUAGCAGAAGACUCCAAAAUCGAGGUCUCCAGUGGUUGGUGCCAACCUACAUAGCAGAAGCUCUCUCCUACUUAUUUCUAUGUGGCAUGGAGGUAUCUGUAUAAGACGUAACCUUAGGUGGCCCACCGAAUCUCAGGUGGAGUCCACCACUGAGCUCCUCCAUCUUCCACCCAUUCAGUAAAAAUGUGUUUGGUAGGAACCUUCACCCCUGAUUGUUCGAAGACAAUUAGGUAUCAGUUGUUUGGCUAAAAGUUACCCUUUGGCCAAUAGGGUGGGACUUGUGCAAUUGUAAUUUGCAUAGGAAGCAGGGAAGGUUUUGAGGCUAUUGCCUAAAUACCUUUUAUAUACACACCCAGUAUAUAGACACAGGAUAAUAGGUGUAACUUGAAGCUCAGGGGCCUCAAUGCAAAUCAGUAACAGGUACUCCACCGUUCAUGUGCCAUUUAUAAUACUGGCGUCAUCAUGUGUGGCAGAGGGGCCCUUGUGCCUCCUUAGGCAUAAUGGACAGCGUUACCUAUAGCUAAGCCCCAUUUUGUAGACUGCAGCAUUAUUCAGCCCCCGGAGAACCAGUGACUUCGCCAACCUAUGAAGAUUUGGGAGUUUCAGGUGCAAUAAUGGGCCAAAGUCAUGGCCAUGGUCCCCCAGGUGCAGACACUUUAUUAAAGAAAUUUUGUAUAAAUUAAAAUGAAAAAUAUUUCUAAAUUUUAUUUUAUGAAAUCAUGACCUAUAGUCCAUAUUAAUAUAAAACUGGACCAUAUUGUGUAUUAUACUGCUGUAGAUAUUGUUAUAUUUUUAUGGGGGGAAAAAAAUGAAAAUAUAGGCUAAAAAUGGAAUAUAAAUAUAAAUAUUUUUGGAGCGUUCUUCACGUUUUUAUAAAUAAAGUUACUUCUGAGGAUCACAUGGCUUUUUCCAUACAUUUUACCCACAGUCCCCUAGGGGCAGAUUUCUUAGACUAAAGGCCAGGACUAUUCUCGUCAUCCUCCUGCUUAUUUCAAGUAACUUUAUUUGUAAUGGCUGAAAAACAAACUUUAAAAAUAAUCAAUCCCUGCAUAUUAAAUGGUGUGUAGACUUUUGCAACCAUUUUUAUUGCUUUACUGCAAUGUUCUCUAAACUGUGGCCCUCCGGCUGUUACAAAACUACAACAUCCAGCAUGUGUGGACAGCCAGACAUGCUGGGAGUUGUAGCUUUUCAAUAAUUGAGUAGCCGCAGAUUGAACAACACUGCCUGACUGCAUCAAAAAAUUACACAAUUUACCAAUAGUCCUGAUUGAAAAUCUACUGUUAUGUGUCUCCAUGGUUACAGACUACAAACAAACCUUGUGUAGUCUGAUCCUGCAGUCACACUCCCAACAAUCUGCCCUGACUUCUUGCUAACCUACUAAAUGUUAGAACGGAGUAGGAGACAUUUAAUGGAGUGUGACUGUAGGAUCUGACUACACAAGGUUUGUUUGUAGUCUGUAACUAUGGAGACACAUCCAUUUUUUUAGAUAGGAAAUGUAUGAUUCUACAUUGAGACUCUUUUGAGCAAUAAAAUAAAUAGAAUAAAAUGGGCCUGCUUGCUAAGACUGUCCAAUUCUUAGACUGUACUCUGGUAAGUUCACAUCGUAUUUGGCAGCAACCUGUCAAAUAGGCAUGCCGCCCUAUACUGCAGCUUACAGUCAGCCAGUCCAUUUGGCUUAAUGGGCCAAACAUAGUCCACUAGUGACAUGCUUGGCCCAUUUUUCACCAGAAUUCUAGCACGUUAUUGGUGCAUGGUGUUGUAUCUUAAAGUGUACCUAUCAUUUUAUCAAACUACUGACAUGUCAGAAGAUUGUAUUGUGGGGGUCUGGGUACUGAGACCCCACUGAUCAUUGGAAUGUUGUGCCUCCUCAUCUCCACUCUGCAUAACUAAAGUGAGCAGUAUACGGAAUUACAAUACAAGUCUAUGGGACUUCCAACAAUUCUGGUGGUGAUGGGGUCUCGGCACCCGGACGCCCAUGAUACAGACUUCUGACUGUUGGCGGUGUCAGCAUCUAGGCCUCCAUGAUACAGACUUUCGACUGGUGGUGGUCUCAGCACCUAGGCCUCCACAAUACAGACUUCUGACUGGUGGUGGUCUCAGCACCUAGGCCUCCACAAUACAGACUUUUGACUGGUGGUGGUCUCAGCACCUAGGCCUCCACAAUACAGACUUCUGACUGGUGGUGGUCUCAGCACCUAGGCCUCCAUGAUACAGACUUCUGACUGGUGGUGGUCUCAGCACCUAGGCCUCCAUGAUACAGACUUCUGACUGGUGGGUGGGGGGGGGUCUCCGCACCCGGAUGCCCAUGAUGCAAACUCCUGACUUCUGAUUGGUGGUGGUGGUGGUGGGGGGGUCUCAGCACCCAAACCCCCACGAUACAGACUUAUGAUUGGCAGUGGGGGUCCUCAGCACCCAGACCUCAUCGACACCGAUUUCUGACUUCUGAUUGGUGGCAGAGGGGGUCUCAGCACCCAGACCCCCAUGAUACAGACUCCUGACUUCUGAUAGGUAUGAUGUGGAGGGAUCUCAGCACCCAAACCCCCACAGUACAGACUUGUAAUUGGUGGUGAUGGGGGUCCUCAGCACCCAGACCUCAUGGAUACAGACUUUUGAUUGGUGGGGGGGAGAGAGGGUCUCAGCACCAAGUCCUCCACGAUACAGACUUCUGACUUCUGAUGCGGUGGUCUCAGCACCUGGACCUCCAUGAUACCAACUUCUGAUUGGUGGGGGACGUUCCUAGUACCCGGACCCCCACCAAUACAAACAUCGGACAUUGCACUAUGACCUGUCAGAAUUUUGUUGAAAUGAUAGGCAAGCUUUAAGCCACACCCUGUUUUGAACAGACAACACCCCCUUUUAUAGAAUCCCGACCCAUUGUUUGCAAAAGUACACACGCCCUUUAUUAAAUGUAUAUUUAUUUUAAUAGUUAAUAAUAUUUAUACUGAAAUGUAAUUAAAAAAAAAUGCCUAUUAUUUUGAAUAUAUUUCUCAGGUAAGGAAAAAAAAAAAUGAAAAUAU